GCUAGCUGGAUUAAAAGAAAUGAGAGGCUUCGCAUAGCAGCGACCAGGCUGCAACUGUAUCUAAAUCUGUUGUUUAAAGCUGCACUCUUUACUUCUCAAAUAGUUCAGUAGUUCUCUAAUAACAAAAAACUAAAACCUCUAAUCUAUCUUGGAUCCAGGUGUGAAGACAUUGAGAAGACAUGAAAUAUACAAGCACUCGUGGAGAGGUGACUGGGUUAGAUUUUGAAGAAGUGCUAUUUUCCGGUUUUGCAGCAGAUGGGGGACUGUUCAUGCCCGAAGAAAUUCCUAAAUUGGACAACAAUAUCCUCAAAAAAUGGAGUUCCUUUUCCUAUAAAGAACUAGUAAAAGAGAUCUGCUCCCUGUUCAUUCCUGUCGAAUCUAUUCCCAGGAAAGAUCUGGAUGACUUGAUUGAUAGAGCCCUGACUCGCUUCAGACACGAUGACAUUAUUCCUCUUCGUAGGCUGGAAAGUGGAUUAAAUGUUUUGGAGAUGUGGCACGGGGCCACGCACGCCUUUAAAGACCUUGCUAUGUCCUGCGUGGGACAGUUUUUGGAUUUCUUCUUAAAGAAAAGAAAGAAACACAUUAACAUCGUGGUUGCGACUUCUGGAGACACGGGAAGCGCUUCAAUCGAAAGUGUGAGAGGCAUAAAGAAUAUUGAUAUUAUUGUCUUGUUACCCCACGGACGCUGUACCAAAGUCCAAGAACUGCAGAUGACAACAGUGAUUGAAGACAAUGUCCACGUAUUUGCGGUUGAUGGGACGUCAGAUGAGCUGGAUGUGCCUAUCAAGAAUCUAUUUGCUGAUGUUGAUUUUGUGAAAAAACACAAUUUAAUGAGCACAAAUUCUGUCAACUGGGCUCGAGUGUUGGUGCAGAUCGCUCACUUCUUCUAUGCCUACUUUCAAAGUGCUCCAACAACAAACGGCGAAACGCUUCCGGCUGUGGAAAUUGUUGUGCCCUCGGGAGGGGCAGGCAACAUUACAGCUGGAUGUAUUGCACAGAAAAUGGGGCUCCCAAUCCGUCUCGUUGCUGCCGUGAACAAAAAUGAUACAAUCCACCGAAUUGUCCAGAAUGGAGACUUCUCAUUGGGGGACACAAGGACAAGUCUAGCAUCAGCAAUGGAUAUUCAGGAACCCUAUAAUAUGGAACGGAUAUUCUGGCUACUUGCCGAAUCAGAGAGGGACAAUGUCAAGCUCAUAAUGGAAGAAUACAAUGAAAAAAAACAGGUCAAGUUACCACAGGAACUUCACAGAAAGGUUUCAGGAGCAAUGACAUCCUGUUCUGUUACUGAUGAAAAUAUUCUUGCUGCCAUCAGACGAUGCUGGGAGGAGAAUAAGUAUCUUUUAUGUCCUCAUUCAGCAGUGGCAGUAUUUUAUCAUUACCAACAGUUCAAUGCUGAGCAGAGCAGCACCAGAUGUUGUUUCGCACCAGCUUCAGCAGCCAAAUUCUCGGAAGUCAUUCUGAAGGCCAGCCUUACUCCCGAUGUCCCCGAAGAGAUCAAAGCAUUGAUGGAGAAAGAGACCAGGUCAAUAUUCUUGAAAAAAGACGAUGACUGGGAAAAGAGUUUGCGGGACAAAAUCGAAGCCCUAGAUCAACAAAGGCAAUCGAGUUAGCUUAAAGCUAACCCUUAAUUAAGUGCUGAGCCUAUUUCCUCUACUCUGCUGUGAAUUUACAUAUCCUGGUUGUGUUUCUUGUUUCGGUACAUUAGAACAUGUACAAAAAUGUGUACUUUAUAACACGACAAAAAAUAAUUGCCCAGAGUACAAAAAGAAAAGCAUGUUUUCUUAAAUCUAUAUUAAAGCACAUUAUAUAACAAUGUAUUACUAUUUUUUCAUCUUCAUUGAAACCCCCUCC